CCAGCCUGCUCGCCCGUCGCUCGGUGCCGCGCUGCCUCAGCCGGCCGGCCUCCCAGCUCCCAUUUGCUGUCUGUUGUGACUUUUACGAUGUUAGAGUUUGGACAGGACUACCCAUAGAAAAUUUCCUGGCUACGCCACUGCUCGCCGGAGAAGACGAUGAGCAUCUCGGGUGAGGUCCCCGGUGAGGGUUCUGAUGGGGAGGAGGUAUUCAUCAAUGAGGAGGACAUCAUCAACGAGAUACCCAUCGAUGAGGAAGAUCUCCCUGACCGUGAUGAAGAGGAUGAUGAUGACGGCGAUGGGAUGGAUUUGCAAGAGGAUGAUUCCCAAUACGCAUUCCGUGCUCAUACAGACGAGAUAUACUCUGCUGCAUGCAGUCCUACAGAUGCAUCACUUGUGGCUACUGGAGGGAAAGAUGAUAGAGGAUUCCUGUGGAAAAUUGGAUCAGCAGAGGAUGUUUUAGAGCUGGCCGGGCACACAGAUACAGUCUGUACAGUUGCUUUCAGCUCAGAUGGGAAUCUUUUGGCUUCUGGGAGUUUUGAUGGAUGCAUAAAUGUGUGGAAUACAGCUACACGAGCCCUUCAGGGAACCCUUGAGGGUUCUGGAUCUGGCUUCGAGUGGCUUAAAUGGCAUCCACGAGGGCAUCUGAUAAUUGCAGGAUCAGAAGACUGUAAUUUGUGGAUGUGGAACGCUGACCAUAAUGCCAUUCUUAAUACCUUUGCUGGCCAUAGUAGCACAGUGACAUGUGGUGAUUUUACUCCAGAUGGUAAACUUAUCUGUACCGGAUCAGAUGAUGCAUCAUUGAGAUUAUGGGACCCAAGAACUGCUCAAAGCAGGCAUGUUAUCCGAGGCCAUGGCUAUCAUACGGAUGGAGUAACAUGCUUAUCAAUUACUUUGGAUUCCCAAACAAUCGUUAGUGGCUCAAAGGAUAAUUCUGUGCAUGUUGUGAACAUAAACUCAGGCCAGGUUGUUGGUUCAUUGGAUGGCCACAGUGGCUCUAUUGAGUGUGUUGGUAUCUCACCAAGUUACAAUUGGGUGGCAACAGGGAGCAUGGAUCAGAAGCUCAUUAUCUGGGACCUUGCUCGCCAAUCGAUCCGAUGCACUUGCAACCAUGAUGAGGGAGUGACGUCCCUGGCAUGGCUCGGCUCGUCAAGAUUUGUGGCGUCAGGGUGCAUCGACGGCAUGGUGCGAGUCUGGGACAGCCUCUCCGGGGAGUGCGUCAGGGCCUUCGCCGGCCACGGCGAUGUCGUGCAGUCGCUCGCCGUCUCCGCUGACGGCAACUCCGUGGUCUCGGUGUCAACCGAUGGCUCUGCCCUCGUCUUCGACAUUUCCAUGUUCAAGUGAAGGCAUGGCAGCGCCAAUACAAUAGAUAAAAAAGCCAAUGCGAAGCUGCACGGUGAUCUAUCUUAUCUACUCGGCCACUUUGGCCACAUGCCAGAUAUUGAAAUUUUAUUUCUAUACAUGGAGCCGCACCCACUGCGAGUUGUAAAAUUAACGCCUUCUCCUGUCGAGGGGAUUGGAACUGCAAAGUUGGCUAUAUCAUUUUAUUGUGGGCAUUUGACUUGGAUUGAUAGCCUAAAUUUUCUGAUGUUUUGCUGCAUACUGUUGCUUACCCUUUUCUUUUCAA